CUCCGGCCGCCUCGCCUCUACUCGCUGCGAGUACUCCCCAUCCACCUUCCCGCUCCAGCACUCCGGUCAGAUGCCUCCGAAGCGUUCCAACAAGACCCUGGUCUUGCCGGCUGGCGCCCGGCCUCCCCUCCGCCUGACGCCCCCCCCCUGGGUCCCGGAUGAGGAGGUCUCCAACUGCCGCAUGUGCCACGCCCCCUUCACCCAGCUCAACCGGCGUCACCACUGCCGCCAGUGCGGUGACAUCUUCUGUCACUCGUGCUCGAGCAAGAAGAUCCCCAUGCCCCAGUUUGACUUCGCCCGGAAUGAGCGUGUCUGCCGCGCUUGCACUCCCAUCACCACCUACGUGGCUGAUGCCUCGAGCGACCUCUUUCCCGAGAAGCAGAGCGCCGCGGCCAAGUCCAUCGCCGAAAUGGCCCGUCAGGAGGACGGCUUCAGCAAGAUUGUCCUCUACGGCGGCAUUGGCGCCCUGAUCUACCUGUGCAACUCCACCAAUGAGGACGUCCUCCUGAAUGCCAUCCAGGCCCUGCACACCCUGGUUCAGAUCGACACCGCCCAGAACACCAUCUUCAACCAGGGUGUCCUGCUCCCCCUCUUCAACAUCUGCAAGGGCACUGAGGAGGAUAGCGCGGUGAACAACCUCUUUGUCAUGCAUUGCGCGGUGAACAUUCUCUUUGUGUUCUCCCGCAACGUGGACAUCUGCCGCUCGGUCAUCUCGGAUGGUGGCUUCCAUCCGCUGGUGGCCAUGUGCAAUCGCAAGCUCCCCCCCAAUCGCCCGACCUCGGUGACUGUGCAGAACCAAGCCAUCACUCUGAGCUCGGUGCAGGGGAUCGCCGCGCGUACCAUUUCUUACCUUUCUAUGAACUCCAAGAACCAGGAGCUGAUCAUCGAGGACCGGCAUAAUGGCCCGGACAAGCUGCUCAACCUCCUCAGCCACGAGAAUCAGCAUGUCCGCAAGUACAUCACCAAGACCUUCGCCUACCUGUCCCUGCGCCAGGAUGACCUGAAGCCCAAGAUUCUCAGCGCCCAGGGUACCCAGCUGCUGGCCAACCUCAUGGAGACCGAGACCGUUCGCGAGACCCUUUCACACGCCAGCUGCACCAUCGCCAACCUGGCCACCAACAGCAGCAACCACGACUCGCAGGUGCACACCCACCUGCUCGGGGCCCUGUGCCGCCUGGCGGUUCGGAAGAAGGACGACGCGGAGAUCCAGCGCCACAUUGCCCGCGGUCUGGCGAACCUGGCCCUGUACCCGGAGAACAAGCGUGCCCUGGUGGAUGAGGCUCUCGAGCAGCUCAUUGCCCUGGGCAACACUUCCAACCUGGAGAUCCAGCGCCACGUUGUGCGGGCCAUUGACAACAUCCUGAAUGAUGCCCCUGAUGACAUCAUCCUGGCCCUGCAUAAGGCCGACGUUCUCAGCCUUCUUGAGGCCAUUUCCACAAACCGCUCCCAGCAGUCUGUCACCCAGGGCAUGCAGGUGGGCCAGCACCAGGCCUUCUCGGAGAUCCUGCGCCGCUGCAAUGAGACCUCCUCGCGCCUGAACCGCGCCAUCGCCAAGGCCACCAAGGCCGGGGGCGAGGGUGGCUCGGAGGGCGCCGCUGACGACGAGGUUGCCGGCAUCCAGGAGUCUCUGGCUGCGGUCGACGUGUCCAACAACGACGCCUCGCCGUAGACAAACAGAGGCGGUGUGUAUGAGCGUGCGACCGCGCUGGUGCGCAUGUGCAGGCACAUACAUCCUCGCUUUGGUGCCCUCGGCGGCGUCCGCGUGAUGCCGCGCUACUGGGCACACCGAGAUCCCGGGAACACAGCCCCAAGAUAGAGCAAGGAAGAAGGAGUGCCAGAGAGGGAGAGAGGAGGGGGGAGGGGGGAGAGAUCAACAACGAGGAGGGAAAGCGCGCCUCGCGUGGUGGCCUUUUUCUUCCUCCUCCUCGUGCUCUGUGUCUCCCCCGCACGCCCCCCCCCCCUUCCUGUUGGGCCUGCCCCUCGCGCAUAUGCGCACGUGCAUGCAUGCGCUACAACAAUGUGCUGCGUGGCGUAGCCGACCUGUGGGCGGGAGGCUCCUCUCCUCCCAUCAUCCUCCGAAUGCUACCUGUGUGUGUGUGUGUGCGUCAUGUAGAACAUGGCCACCAUGCGCGUGCCCAUACACCCGCACACCCACACGCGCGUCUCUUUGUGUUUCCUCUUGCAUUAUUCCCUCAAAUAAAAAACCCUC